AUGGAAUUCAACCCAUCAGAUCAUCCACGGGCCAGUACGAUAUUUCUGAGUAAAUCGCAGACAGAUGUGAGAGAAAAACGCAAGAGUCUCUAUAUAAACCACGUAACAGUAAUAUCCAGUAAAAAUAAGCAUCCUCCUGGGCAGUUGAGAAGGAAGUACAGUUCCUGUUCCACUAUUUUCCUGGAUGACAGCACAGUCAGUCAACCAAACCUCAAGUAUACCAUCAAAUGUGUAGCUCUUGCAAUAUAUUACCACAUCAAAAACAGGGACACAGACGGAAGAAUGCUCUUAGAUAUUUUUGAUGAAAACCUUCAUCCCCUUUCGAAAUCCGAAGUGCCACCAGACUAUGACAAGCAUGACCCGGAGCAGAAACAGAUUUACCGCUUUGUUCGGACGUUGUUCAGUGCUGCUCAACUGACUGCUGAAUGUGCCAUUGUCACCCUGGUAUAUCUUGAAAGACUUUUAACUUACGCAGAGAUAGAUAUUUGUCCAGCAAACUGGAAGCGAAUUGUGCUGGGUGCAAUUCUGCUGGCAUCUAAAGUUUGGGAUGACCAGGCAGUGUGGAACGUGGAUUACUGCCAGAUCCUGAAAGAUAUCUCGGUCGAAGACAUGAAUGAGCUGGAACGCCAGUUUCUUGAGCUGUUGCAGUUCAAUAUUAAUGUUCCCUCCAGUGUUUAUGCCAAGUAUUAUUUUGAUUUGCGUUCCCUGGCAGAAGCAAAUAACCUGAGUUUUCCUUUGGAGCCCCUCAGCAGGGACAGAGCGUAUAAACUGGAGGCCAUUUCCCGCUUGUGUGAAGAUAAAUAUAAGGACUUCAGGAAAGCUGCAAAGAAACGGUCAGUCAGUGCUGACAAUCUGACUGUGGUUAGAUGGUCCCCUGCUAUUAUCUCCUAACAGAGGAGACUGGAAUAUUCCUAUGGACGUACUGUUUCAUCCAUCCAUUUUUUUUUUCGGGGUGGGUUGGGG